AGUACGACAUUUUUUCCUUAGGCAAUAUGGCGUCUAAAGCACGACGAGUUUUUGACUGGGCUAAGAUAGCCGAAAAUUUACCUACUGCGAUCCGAGCGGAAAUGAAUGCUUUUCGAUCACGCAAUGAAAGCAUCAAAGCAACGCUAUCUGCAGUACCAGAAAAGCGCCAAAAUAUCGAUUGGCAACACUACAAGAAUAAUAUUGCCGCUUCUGGUUAUGUAGAAAAGUUCAUGAAAGGGUACGAAGCUGUACAAGUUCCUUUUCCUAAAGAUACUGAUACUGCUAGAAUUGACGCUAUGCAGAAGCAAAUGGAAAGUGAAAUUGAAGGAAUCGUUAAAGAAUCAAAGCAAGCUGCACUCAGAUUAGAUAGUGAGUUGUCCAAGAUCAAGGCUGAAAAGUCAUAUGAAGAAACUACGAUUGAUGAAUACCUCGCAAAUCAUCCACAGUUAAGGAGGCAGUGUGAAGAAGAUUUAAAAAAUUUCAAAUAUGAUUAAAUCGAUUGAUAACUAGCUGGCUUCGCUUCAAAUGUUUUUGUGUAUUGAGAAUUUAUAACUUAGGCAACUUUUUAAAUGGAAUAUCGAGGACGCUU